GUCGGAUCCGAAACCAAAAAGCCUGUCAAGGGUUUUAAAACUCAUAAACCCGCUCUCUCUCUCUCUCUCUCUCUCUCUCAAUCGUCUUCUUCACAGGUUCUGUAUACUGUUAGAUCAUACUAUCUCGGCUUCUAUUGCACAUUGAUCAUGAGUCGACCAAUGGAGGAAGACGCACCGACCAAAAAUGAGGAAGAGGAGUUCAAUACCGGCCCUCUCUCUGUCUUGAUGAUGAGCGUGAAAAAUAACACUCAGGUACUCAUCAACUGCAGGAACAAUAAAAAGCUACUAGGACGCGUUAGAGCAUUUGACCGACACUGCAACAUGGUGUUGGAAAACGUUCGAGAAAUGUGGACAGAGGUGCCUAAAACAGGAAAAGGUAAGAAGAAAGCGCUUCAAGUUAACAAAGACAGGUUCAUCAGCAAGAUGUUUCUUCGAGGGGAUUCCGUCAUCAUUGUACUUCGGAACCCCAAGUGAGAAGCGUUGUCAUUGCCAUCGGAACAUCCUAUAUUCCUAUGUUGUUGCACUUGUAAACCAAAUUAGAUUAUGAUGUCUGAAUAUUAUUUCAUCUUUUUUUCGUGAUUUUACUUACCUUGUCUUUAAACAUGGUUAAUUGAAGUUUAGUGCACUUAAUCCUGA